AUGGCUACAGAGACCAGCCAGGGUCAGCCUAUAGUGCUACCGGGCCAGAAGAGGUGUGACUUUUUACACGCUGGAGAACCAGACCUCGUUCUGGUUUCUGAGGAGAGGCCUCUGGCAGUAGCGGAGUACUUAAAAGGACGAAUACGAGCUUUCCGUAGUGUGGGUGGCGAGCCCCUUAGGGAAGUGAUGUGUGAAGGUCUCCUCUUAGUUCGAGACCCGACUCUGCCGGCCCUUACUGACCUCUGUCGUGUCCCUUCUGGAGUUAGUCUAUCGCUUUGGUGUAUCGAGAAUAUAAGGGAGUUUAUGGUAGAGUUCAAUAGAGUCAUAGCUGAGGUCCAGUAUGAAUGCAACGAGGACACUUGCCCGAGGAUGAGCGCAACUGACGAGUGGCACUUCCUCUGUGCCGCCCAUAGAAAGCCCAUGGACUGCUGUGCUAUCGAUUAUAUGGUGCAUACUGUGGACGGCUCUACCAAUCUUAUACUCAGUUCGAAGAACUUCCCGGAGAGAACAAAAGUCCCCCAGAGUAGUUUAAAGGUGAUUGUGGUAGAGGUCUACUGCUGGGGUGAAGUCCCGAACUCAGUAGCUCUCACUAGGACCGGCUCGCCAGUAGAGUCGAACCUCUACCUUGUUCCUGAUGCAGCCAUUGGACUCUCCCCUGCCUCGCCACCAUCGAGCCCAUCAUCUGAGGGUGAAUCGAGGGCUGACCCCAUUGGGCCGAUCGAUCGAGAGGAGGCCAUUGGAAGGGAGGAGGAGGAGGCAUCUGAUGCCGAGACGGUGAUCCGAGAUGACGAUCCUGCCAAGUGA